AUGGGCUGUGCAUACCACGACGAACACCCUCCCUUUCUCACCCCCUCAUACCUCCGCCAAUCCCGCCACGUGCAAAGGCUCCAACGCGCCUGGGACGCACACAUCGCCGAACUGCAAGAAAACCUUCAACUCCUCCCUCCGCCCUCGGGCCCGCCGAGUCUGUCUACGAGUCCGAGUAAUGCGAAUCUGAGCAAGAUGCAUGCCUCCCACAUCCAUCGUGGGCCAGUGCAGGAUGUGAUUGAGAGGAUACCGCCGGUUGUGGACGAUUAUGCGGUGCACCCGCUGCCCACGAGACUUAGUGCAGACGACAAGUGUCAAGGGUUGGAAAUACUGGCGGACGGUGGCGAAGUGCGGUUCACCGGCUCGACGAAACAAUCAGAGGAGGCAGCUUCAGUGAGGGCCGAUCACCCUAUGCCGCGGGAGUGCGGCCUGUACUACUUUGAGAUUACGGUGCUGUCGCGCGGGAAAGAUGCAUUCAUCGGCGUAGGCUUUUCGGGGCGGAAGGUCAGCCUGAAUCGCUUGCCGGGCUGGGAUACCGAUUCCUGGGCGUAUCACGGGGAUGAUGGGUUCAGUUUUGCAUGCACGGCGAAUGGCAAGGCGUACGGACCGAAGUUCGCUACGCAGGAUACGGUGGGCUGUGGCGUGAAUUUUCGGACGGGCAAUGCCUUUUUCACUAAGAAUGGGGUGUAUCUUGGCGUCGCUUUCUCUGGAAUCAAGAGUCAACGACUAUACCCGUCCGUCGGGAUGAAGAAGCCGAACGACCAUGUAUCAAUCAACUUCGGCCGCAGCGCAUUCAUGUUCGACAUAGAUCGAAUGAUGGAGCAAGAGCGACAGACCGUCAUGGCCGAUCUCACCACCGCCGACCUGUCUGGUCUCCACCCUCCAGACGACGCACAUACACUCAUCCACAAUCUCAUUGGGCAAUACCUCGCGCACGAAGGCUACAUAGAGACGGCCAAAGCGUUCGCGAGCGACGUCAACGCAGAGCGACAGACACUUCCCAGCAGCAGCAAAACGCCACUCCACCUCCCGAACGCCGAAGACGAUGUACAUGCCGCCAAUCGGCAGAAGAUACGACGCGCGAUUCUCAAUGGCGACAUCGACAAAGCGCUCAAAUUCACCAACUGCUUCUACCCGCACGUCCUCAACGAGUCUCGCAACAAAGACAUCCACUUCCGUCUACGGUGUCGAAAGUUUAUCGAAAUGAUGCGAAACUAUACGGAACUGUCCGCCGCCGCGGCCGCAUCACCACCACCUCCAAGUAGCAACGGCCACGCAGACGGCGCCGACAACGGCGGCGUAGACAUCGACGCCUCAGAACCAAUCGACACCCAAAUGGAGCUCGACGACCAACUCAACCGCGAAUCCGCGCCCCCCAACCACCCCUCAUCAACCACCUCUCCCUCCUCCUCAUCCUCCGACAUCGACAUGGACGCCUCGCAAGAACUCUCCCCCAGCAAAGCAAGCCUCAUGGCGCAGAACGAACUGCUUGCGCAAGCCCUCGCGUACGGCCAGGAACUGCAGUCGACGUUCGGCUCGGAUCCCCGCCCGCAGAUCAAGAAGCAGUUGUCCGAUAUUUUCGCUAUUAUGGCUUAUACCAAUCCGAACGAGAGUGUGGUUGGCGGACUCAUGGAUGCCAAAGGCCGGGUGCAGAUUGCGGAGGACUUGAAUGGGGCUAUUCUUGUCUCCCUAGGCAAACCCUCCUCUGCGGCAUUAGAGAAACUGUCAGCGCAGACGGAAGCGUUGCUCGACGAGGCUGCGACGAGGACCGGGGGCGCGGCGGCGUUUGUGAAUGUGAAUCGGGACUUUUUGCGGGCAUAA